UCCGUGCACUUCAGGCCGUGUUUCUGCGUGCUCGGAGCGGAUAAUUGCAGUUGGAGAGGACGGCCACAAAAGCUUGUUGACCACAUUCUUAGCAAGCACAGCUUCAUUCCAAGAAUGCAAGGGGAGAACGUGGUCGUCACGGCUACAGGCUUCGACAAAGUGCAGAACUUCACCUGGUUCGUGCUUCAGACGUGCCAUGGGCGCGACUUCCUGGUGACCUUGAAGAGGAUCAGCGAAAAUUCCUCUUUCAAGCAGUUCUUCGCGGUCGUUGUGCUAGUAGGAUCGAGCAAGGACGCUUCGCGUUUUCAGUACCGGCUAAACCUUUGUGGAUCUGAUCAGCGGCUCACAUUUGAGGGCAGUAUGCGAGACAUCCGUUCCUUGGUCGAGUGUGUCCAGAACGGAAAUGGCCUCAUCUUCAGCACGAGCACAGCCGAGCGCCUCUUCGGUGGUGGUGAUCUCAAGAUGGACAUUACCAUCACUUUCCACCAUGCAGGGUGGUGAUGAAGUGUAGUGUACUCGGCGCCGUGUGCCACGUUAUGAGUGAUUGAAAAAUA